AUGAAGGUCUCUGUCAUUUCUAUGCUCGUUUUGGGCGCAUCUUCUACGAUGGCCUUGCCAUACUGGGCCAGCAACAAAACGCAACAUGGUCUUGCGAUUCGCCAGGAAGCAGGAGCCGGUAAUGCCACAGAUGCUCUUUCUUCCAGUGUCGGUGCUACCUCGACCGAUACGACCAUCGUCAACCCUACAGGCGGCGCCAGUGCCACUGACAUUGCCACUGCGACCUCACCCGCCGCAACCGAAUCCGCGGGCGUUUCUGCCACCGAAACCGGCGCAGUUCCUACCAGCACUGGAGCACCCGGUAACGGAAACGGAAAUGGAACCGAGACCGCGACCGCGACUUCUCCCACAGCUCCUACCGAGACAGCUGCUCCCCCCGUCAGCAGCAAUCCUGCCAAUACGACUACUGGGGCUCCUGCCACCUCGACCGAGGCUGCUAAUACUGGUGCUGUCACGGUUACGGUUACAAAGACUGUGACUCGUAACGCCCAAGCUACUGGAGGUGGAAAGGGAGGCAAGGGCGGAAAGGGUGGAAAAGGCGGGAAGGGUGGAAAGGACGGUAAAGGUGGAAAGGACGGCAAAGGUGGGAAGGACGGUAAGGGAGGUAAAGGAGGCAAGGGCGGUAAUGGUGGAAAUAACUCUACUACCACAGCGACCCAGUCUGCGACCUCCACGGCCAUAAACGGCACUGCCACUGCCACCGCUACCGAGAGCGCCGCGACUUCAACAGCCAUCGCUACCGAAACAUCGGCUGCUGCCUCCGAGAGUUCUGCAGCCGGCACAGCCACAGGCACUGAGACCGGAGCUGCCCCCACUGCCAGCGCCACCGAGACCGCUGCUCCUGCGCCUGCUUCUUCUACCGGAGCCGGAGCCGCCCCGGCCGAGACGUCUGCCGCCGGCGCCAAGAAGCGCUCUUCCAACUGGGACCCUUCGACUCCCAAGAUGAUCAACAGGCGUUACUUCAAGAGUGCUCCUCCCCGCAUGAGGACCGUCCGCUUUGCUCGCCAGCACCACGCUUAG